AAACCUAAAUUAGAGUAAUUCAGGAAAAAGGAAAACAAUAAAAAAGAAAAGAUUCAGAUCUUCGGAGCUCAUCUCUUUCUGCCGGAAAGGAUCACUUCGUAACAAGACAGUGUCUUGACAGAUCGAGCUCCAACAGCAGUCUGCUCUCGCUUCAUUUCUAAGAUCUAGAGCUGGAAAAUGGCAACAAUCGAUGAGCCUUUAUACCCAAUUGCUGUUCUUAUUGAUGAGUUAAAAAAUGAGGAUAUUCAGCUCCGUUUGAACUCAAUUCGUAAGCUUUCUACAAUUGCACGCGCGCUUGGGGAGGAGAGAACCCGGAAGGAAUUGAUUCCCUUCUUAAGUGAGAAUAAUGAUGAUGAUGAUGAAGUGCUUAUUGCAAUGGCUGAAGAAUUGGGGGUCUUUAUUCCUUAUGUUGGCGGUGUGGAGCAUGCCAAUGUGUUGCUCCCACCGCUUGAGACUUUGUGCACUGUUGAGGAAACUUGCGUCAGAGAUAAAGCAGUGGACUCCUUAUGUAGAAUUGGGGCACAGAUGAGGGAGCAAGACUUGGUCGAGUAUUUUGUACCAUUAGUGAAGAGACUGGCUGCUGGUGAAUGGUUUACAGCUCGAGUUUCGUCAUGUGGCUUGUUUCAUAUUGCAUAUCCAAGUGCUCCUGAGACUUUAAAAUCUGAACUGAGGACAAUGUACAGUCAGUUAUGUCGAGAUGACAUGCCCAUGGUUCGUAGAUCUGCAGCAACCAACCUUGGAAAAUUUGCUGCUACUAUCGAGCCUGCCCAUUUAAAGACUGAUAUCAUGUCGAUGUUUGACGAUUUGACACAAGAUGAUCAAGAUUCUGUUCGACUAUUGGCCGUUGAGGGUUGUGCAGCACUUGGAAAGUUGUUGGAACCCCAAGAUUGUGUGGCACAUAUUCUCCCUGUCAUAGUUAAUUUCUCACAGGAUAAGUCUUGGCGAGUUCGGUACAUGGUUGCUAACCAAUUAUAUGAGCUAUGUGAAGCUGUUGGCCCUGAACCUACCAGUUCGGAUCUGGUUCCUGCAUAUGUUCGGCUACUUUGUGAUAAUGAAGCUGAAGUACGCAUAGCUGCUGCAGGCAAAGUAACUAAAUUUUGCCGGAUUUUGAACCCAGAACUUGCAAUCCAGCGGAUUAUUCCUUGUGUAAAGGAAUUGUCCACAGAUUCAUCUCAACAUGUUCGUUCUGCUUUGGCUUCAGUUGUAAUGGGAAUGGCACCAAUUUUGGGAAAGGAUGCAACAAUAGAGCAACUGCUACCCAUUUUUCUCUCUCUUUUGAAAGAUGAAUUUCCCGAUGUUCGCCUAAAUAUUAUUAGCAAGCUUGAUCAAGUCAACCAGGUAAUUGGAAUUGACCUGCUUUCCCAGUCCCUAUUGCCAGCAAUUGUAGAGCUUGCCGAGGAUAGACAUUGGAGGGUCCGGCUUGCAAUCAUAGAAUAUAUACCUUUACUGGCUAGUCAGUUGGGUGUUGGAUUUUUUGAUGAUAAGCUUGGUGCUCUUUGCAUGCAGUGGUUAAAAGAUAAGGUUUACUCGAUCCGUGAUGCAGCUGCUAAUAAUGUGAAGCGCCUUGCAGAAGAAUUUGGUCCAGAUUGGGCAAUGCAGCACAUAGUUCCUCAGGUUCUGGACAUGAUUAAUAACCCACACUAUCUAUAUCGAAUGACCGUUCUACAUGCAAUUUCUCUUAUCGCUCCUGUUAUGGGCUCUGAAAUUACAUGUUCCACACUUCUUCCCAUUGUCAUCAAUACAUCAAAAGAUAGGGUACCCAACAUUAAAUUCAAUGUGGCCAAGGUGCUGCAGUCGAUUAUUCCCAUAGUUGAUCAGUCGGUGGUGGAGAAGAUGAUUCGUCCAUGUCUGGUUGAGCUGAGCGAGGACCCAGAUGUUGAUGUCAGAUUCUUUGCCACCCAAGCACUACACUCCACUGAACAGGUCAUGAUGUCUGCCUAGAUUGAAUGUUGUAAUUAGGAAUUCUUUUUCCCCCUACCCAAAAAAAUUUCAAGAUCAAUCUAUCAUCUUACUCAUAUGCAAUAGCUUAUUUGAGGCGCUAGAUUUUCUUCCACUGAGACAAAUCCUUUUUUACCUUUGAUAUUUAUUCCAUUUUUCUUUUAUCAAGUGUCCUGAAACGCAUUGUAGCUUUUAUUAUAUCAUGGUAAUGCAUUCCAUUUUUGGUUUUUCAA